GGCUGUUUAUUUCCGGUGAGAAGCGGAAGUGGCAUCAAGGGGCUUGUGGAGGUGACCGGAUGGCAGGCAGCAGAUUCCUGGAAAUGUUAGAUUAGCACGGUACAGCAGCAAACUAAACAUAAUCCAUUUUUUCUGUAACAGUGUCUAAACAUCGUCGCUGCCAUGGGAGCUCACCUGGCCAGACGGUAUGUCACGGAGACGGACACCGAGCCGGACCCAGCAAGGAAGUACGAGUUCGACCCUCAGUUGGGCUUUCCAGAGAGGAGCGAGCGAGAGAUGGUAGCAAGUCAGGAACAGAUGAACUUGGCCCAGCUGCCUUUGGAGCAGAGGGACUACUGUGCCCAGUAUCUCCUGAAACUCAUGAAGUGCAAGAGGGACAACUGGCCCAACUUCCUGGCUUGCAAGCAUGAGAGACACGGCUGGGACUACUGCGAACACCAGGACUACGUGAUGCGUAUGAAGGAGUACGAGAGAGAGAGGAGGCUCCAGCUGAGGAAAAAGAGGGUCGAGAUUCAGGCUGAAGCUGCAUGAUCAGUGUAUCCUCGGAUACUCCUCUGUAUAUAUGUGCUUCUGUUCACAAUAAACAAUAUGGUUUAAGCUCUACA